GAGCGGGCGGCCUCGCUGCGCUGCCGGGCCCGCCGCCGGCGGGGGCCCCGCUGUUCGCCCCGUGGGGCGGCGCGGCCGCUGGCGGCCUGGCCGCUGGGCCGCCCCCUGGGGCGCCUGUGCUCGGUGGCGCUGCGCCGCCCGCGGCAGCCGGCCGUGGGCGUGGGCGCGACGGGCGCGGGCUGCACCAGGCCGUGGUCGCGGCGGCGCACGCUGGUGGAGGAGAUGCGCAGGAGGUUGCUGGAGGCCUGGCGCAGCUCGCGCGCGGCCUCAACGUGCGGCUCACUGACGCAGGCAUCCAGGCGGCGCUGGCCGGGCUGCAGCAAGGCGCUGCAGGUGCAGCUGGCGGAGCGCCGGCACCCCACGCCGGCGUUGGAGGAGCAGCCGGUGGCGGCAUCGGGGCGGACCUGCUGGGCGGCCUCGCGGCGGCUGGAGCGCCGCCUGGAGGGCCGCCGCUGGGGCUGGGCGUGGCCGUGGUGCCGCCCGCAGCAGGCGGGGCGGUGCGGCUGCCAGGCCUUGCGGCUGGGCUCCCAGGGGUGGUGCCCCCAGGCGACUCGGCCUGGCUGGGCAAGGGCUUGCAGCCAGCGGCCCUCGCGCAGGUCGGUGUGCAGCCAGGCACGAUCGUCGAGGUGCCAACCUUCAACGCCGAGGGGCACUGCGACGGCUCGGCGUUCUUGAAGCUGGGCCUGCAGUGGGCCGCGGACGCCCUCGGCACCUUCGGCCUCGCCGAGUUCGCAGGCGCAUCAUCGCCCGUCGCCACGGGUAUGCUGGAUGACUUGUGGGCGCAGCCGCCCCUCGUCCACCUGUGCUCAGGGGCGCGGGAGGCGUGCAGCGCCCGUGCUGGUGCUCGCCUCGUGUACCACGUGGACACGCUGCGCGUGCGGACAUCGUCAGGGAUCUCCGAGCCGUGGGUGCGCCGUCAGGUCAUCUUCGGGCCGCCGAGUGCCGCUGCCGCUGCAGGUGGUGCUGGCGCAGGCGGUGGAGGUGACGACCGGAAGCUCGUGGCCAAGAUCGAGGAGCUCAAGAGUGCGCUGAAGAGAAAGGCUGGCUCGCGCGUGGACCUAUUCUCUGUGGCGACGAGAAGGCAGCGCAGGGCCGAUCCUCUGGUCGAGGACGAUGACGGCGACGGCGACUCGCUUUUUCGCGAUGCCCCCUCCAGCUCCGGCAACGACAGGAUCCACGAGAUCGCUCGGGAGCAACCCGGAGCCCUGUUGGAUGCCGGCCUUGCGGAGAUGGCCCGUUUCCUUGGCGAGCGGGAGGGGGCGGAUCAGACCACAGGGGCGAACACGGCGCGGGUGAUGGCCUAUCUCACGAGCAUCUUCUUCGGCCAGCAUCCCCAGUCCACCAUCAGCGUGCACACCGUGAAGGAGAUGAGGACGGUCGCAGCGGCGCUCGACGCCCUUCUGCAGGGACGCCUCCCCGAGCUCGGGGAUCUCCUGAUGCAGAGGCUGAAGGCGUUGGAGACGAGCGUGCGCGACAAGGACUGGGGGGUGGCGAGCCAGCUGGAGCUCACCGAGGAGACGCCUGGGCUGGUGAGCGUGACCGAGCGCCAGGCGGCGGCGCGCCACGCGCUCAUGAGGGCGAAGCUCGCGGACCUGCGGCGGCCGGCCUCGCCGAGGCGCGGCCCGAGCCCCAGCAACGGGGCGCGGCCGGCGGCGCCGGCGCCGGGCCCGCGGGUCGCGUUCGCACCGGAGGUCGAGGCCGUGGAGAGCGCCGCUGGAGAUCCUCCUGCCCUGCUGGCGAACGGCGCCACGAGGAAGGUGCAGCUGAAGGGGGGCGACACGGACACCGAGGGGCUGCCGCCCUGGGUCCAGCGCCUUCGGUCGCCGACGCCGAAGCUGCGCGGGCGGGGUCCGCCAGCCGCCGCCCCGCUCGGGCAGGGCGCAGGCGAGGACGCAGCAGCUGCUGACCUGCGGCCCGCACGUGCUGUCGCUGCAGCCGCCAGGAGCGUGCAGGAGUGCGACGCCACGCUCGUGCCGCAGGAGCUCGUCGCAUUCGGUGCGGGUGACAAGCCGCAGCUGGUCGCGACCAAGCAGUGGGUAUACCUGAUGAUCAUCGCGCUGAACCACCUGUACGCCAAUUGCGCGGCGUCGGAGAAGCGGUGUGUGCUGGCAGGCCCGGCCAGCCCCGCUCAGAUGAGGGCCGUGAGAAGGCUGGCGCGGGCAGCCAUCCUUUUCCUGAAGAGCUGCCCCACGCCGCUCACGCCGACGGACUGGGCAGCUGAGCUGGCCAAGAAGCGCGUGGCCUACGACGGCGAGGAGAUUGGCACGGCCGAGACGCUGUCGGUGGAGCAGGUGCUGCCGGCGCUCCCGCCCAAAGGCAUCGCGGCCUCGGUGGAGGCGGUGGACCUCUGCGAGGGGAACGUCCGGGAGGCGCUGCUCGAUGCGGAUGCCAUGCUCCUGCCGAAGGGCGUGCGGCCGGCCCGCGUCCCGCGCGCCAAGAUCUGGGCGCCGCUGCAGACCUGGUACGACCUCGUGGCCGUCCUCUGGGACCGUGGCCUCGUGGAGCCGAUCGCCCUGGAGGAUGUGCUGCACGUGGACGGGCGGCCCGUGCUGUGCGGGGCCUUCGGCGUGCGCAAGGGGACCGAGCGCACCAUCCCGCUCAAGGACGGCACCAUGGGUCACGUCCUCAGGCUCAUCAUGAACCUCGUCCCGUCGAACGUCGUGCAGCGUGUGGUCGGUGGCGACAUGGACCAGUUGCCGCUGUCGUCGCAGUGGUCCACGAUCGUCUUACUCGCUCACGAGAUGAUGCUGUGGACCUCCACGGAUCGGCAGUGCUUCUUCUACGUGUUCAGGUUGCCGCCCUGUUGGAGGAAGUUCAUGGCCUUUGAGGUCCCAGUCCCAGGGCAACUCGUCGGGCGGCCGAGCGAGCCUCGCGUGUACGUGGCCAGCACCACGGUGGCGAUGGGGUGGAUCUCUGCGACUGGCAUCGCUCAGCACAUCCACCGCAACAUCUUGCGGCAGGGGUGGCAGCUGUCCGCCAGUCUGUCGAGGGAGGCCGAGUGGCGGCGUGAUCGCCCGGCGCCUCUCACGGCCUUGGCUCAAGAGGUGGAAGCUUGGGAAGUUUACAUCGACAACUUGGAGGCGCAAGAGGUCGUCACACGCGAGGACGGCAAGGUGCUCAAGGGCACCGUGAGCCCGCUCUUGCUGGCGGCUCGUGAGGCGUAUGCACGGUGCGGCACGCCGGGCGUACCUGCCAAGGACGUGCUCAGGGCCAGCGAGGUGCAGGCGUUGGGCGACUACAUCGACGGCGACCUGGGGAGGAAGGAGGCGCCGCGCGGCUACGUGGUCAGCCUCAUCUCCCUCACCCUGUGGGUCCUGGGGCGCCCCGGUGUCAACAAGAAGCACUGGCAGAUCGUGCUGGGCCGUUGGGUCCGGGUCUGCUCUCACCAGCGCGCAGGCAUGGCAUGCUUCGAGAAGGUCUGGAGGUGGAUGUCCCGCUCGCACCGCUGCUGGACCGUGCCGUUGGCAGUGAUGGGCGAGCUGCUCUUGGCCAUGCAGCUGGCGCCGCUCUACUUCACCGACUUCCGCCUGCACGUGUCGCCUGUCGUGUCCUGCUCCGACGCCAGCCCGAGCGGGGGGGCUGUAUGCGUGAGCAGGGGGCUCUCCUGUGCUGGCGAAGAGGCGCUGGAGCGUGUCGGCCGCGUCCCGUGGCAGGCCAGCGAGGAGGAGGUUGUCCUGCUGAGCCUGUUCGACGGCAUCGGCGGCGCGCGGGAGAGCUGGGGGGCCCUUGGUUUGGAGACCCUGUGGUUCGUGUCGGCUGAGACCGACGCGACGGCCUCGCGUGUCACGAGGAACGCGUGGCCGAACGUGAAGGAGCUGGGCGAUGUCAAGCAGAUCUCGAAGGAGGUGCUGCUCACCAUCAAGCAUGGGUGCGCCCGGGGCCGCAAGCUGAUCGUCACCGGCGGCUUCCCCUGCCAGGGCCUCAGCAGGCUCAACGUGUCCAGGAAAGGCCUUCAGGACCCCAGGUCUGGGCUCAUCAGCGAGGUGAUCCGCAUCCUCGACCUGGUGGUCGAAGUGUUCGAGUCCUGGGAGUGCGAGUUCCUGUUCGAGAACGUGGACUCGGCGGACAAGCGGGACAUCGCCGCAGUCACCGAGCUCUUGGGCGUGCGGCCUCUCAGGUUGUGCGCCAGCCAGGUGUGCCACAUGCGGCGGCCUCGCCUCUACUGGUGCUCCUUUGAGCUCUGCGAGGUGGGCGGCGUCGCGCUGGUCGACCAGGGCGCCUGGCUGCAGGUGAAGCUGGAUGCGGACCCAGGGCCUACCUCGAGGUGGCUCUCGCCUGGUGCCACGUGGGCUGCGAGUGCUGAUCCUGCGGCACGCCUGCCGACGGCCGUGGGGCGAGACCGACGGUCCGAGCCCCGGCCGCGCCCAGCUGGCUUCAACCAGUGCGACGACGCGGCGCUGGCGAGGUGGGCCGCCGACGACUUCAGCCUGCCCCCCUACCAGUACAUCGACCGACACUGCGUGCUGCACGAGGGCCAGCUGCGCCCGCCGUCGGCCGAGGAGCGUGAGGUCCUCAUGGGGUACCGCAGAGGCCACACGCAGGUGGCCGUCACCUCGAGCGUGCUGAAGAGUGACCCGCGCCAGGCCGAGUGCGCGAGGUGCGGGCUCCUCGGCAACGCGUUCCACGUCGAGGUGGUGGCCUGGCUACUCGGGCACUUGGCCACGCAGUGGGGUUUCCUCGCAGCGCCGCCGUCAGUCGACGAGCUGCGCGACAGGUCGAAGCCCAGGAAGAGCGUGUCGCUCGUCACCCGCGGGUUCGCCCCCGAGCAGGCACUGGCACUCGACGUGAUGAGGUCCACCAGCACCAAGGGCAGCGACGUCCGCAUGUCGACGGGUGAGCUCUUCCAUCCCUCAGGCUGGCCGCGGCAGCCUAUCUCUCCUGGCUGGUGGCGCUGGCGCACGGUGGUGCAGUUCCACUGGCGCGAGGAGGCUCACAUCAACGAAUUGGAAAUGAGGGCCUUCCUCUCAGCGCUCAGGUGGCGGCUGCGCGCGGAGAAGAACCUCGAGUGCAAGUUUCUGCAUCUGCUGGACAGCCAGGUCUCCAUUGCUGUCUUGGCCAAGCAUCGUUCGGGAAGCAUACAGUUGAAUCGCGUGGCUCGCAAGGUAGCAGCGUUGGAGAUGGCCUCUGGGAGUGUGGCCAUCUUGGGGUUCUGUCGGAGCGGUGACAACCCGUCCGACGCCCCAAGCCGCAGGCAGCAGGCUGAUGCCUAG